AAUCCUUGUCCCAAUUCCCAAUUCCCAAUCCCCAAAUUCCAUCUGCAGUUCAGCAGAGAAUAGUCCUUGAAGUGGCGUUGGCGUAGGGAUCCAUUUCUCGUCGCAUCGCAGUUCCGACGAGAUUGGGGCUGGGUAUCCCGUUUCUCGUCGCCGUCCCGUCGUCGCCUUUCAGCAUCGAUCAACCGCUGUCACAGAAUUAACGGUUUAGGGUUCAAUUCCGAUUGUAUGGUAAUGUUUUUGUUAUCUUUUCUUUUCGGUUUGGAUAUUUAGGGUUCUUGUUAGGUAUAUUGCAGAGAAAGAAACAGAGCCCGUCCUCAUCCCUAGAGCCGCAUUGCUCAAGAAACGAGUGGAUGGAUAGUCCCGAGAACACCAUCAACUGUUCGGUAAGUUUAGAUUCCUCUAAACCCUAAACCCUUUCCCUUUGUACAGUCAGCGCCUCCAAUUUAUGAUGGCAACAGAUUAUUUUUCUAAAACUGUUUUUGCGAUUCACACCCCCACUGUCGUCCUGUCUUUUGUUUGUUUCUUGGUUUUUCUUUUUGUUUAUUUGUCUCCCAAUUCAAUUCAAGUUCUUUCCACUCCUAUUUUCAAAUGUUGAAUGUCAUUACGAUGUGAUCUUCUCCCAUUUUUCAAAUCCUUUAUCUUAAAUUUUCAAAAUAGCCUACCAAACAUCAUUUCGAUUUGCAUAUUUCCUUAAUUUCUUCUAUCUUUCAAAUCCUUUUUCCAGACAUGCUAAUAAUUCUUCCCUCAAUCUCUUUUUAAGAAUAUGAUAUAGUUUGUACAUAAUAUCACUAAUUUUUGUCCCAAUCUAUAUUCUCUCAAAAUUUAUUUUUACAAAAGUUUGAAGUAAUUGAUUCCCCUAAUAUCUUUAUACUUAUAUCUAAUAUCUUUAUAUUUAUAUCGUCUCUUCUCUUUUUUAAAUAAAACAAAUAACUCCUUUUUUACUCGCAUGUCAAUAGUUGAAAAAUUGAAGAUUUGUGUUCUCCCUUAACUGAUGAGCGUGGUGGUGAAUUGGGUGAUUCCACGAACCAUUCCUUUAAGUAAAAAGGGAGUAUAAACCUUUAAAUAUGUAUUCUAAAAUUUUCUUUUGACUAUCUUUUUCCUACCAUAGACGAGUCAUAGAGGUUCUAAGUUCCUUUUUAAUUGAUAGUUCGUGCAUACUAUGUCAAGUCUUCUUAAAACAUUUUUGGAGCCCUAAAACCUAAUGUGGAUGGUGAAUUGGGUGAUUCCACGAACCAUUCACAUUCAUGUAGGUGAGAGGGGAAACCUAGAACUUAAUGUGUUUCUUUUGACUAUUUUUUUUCCUACCAUACAUGAGCCAUAGAGGUUCUAAGUUCCUUCUUAAUUGAUAGUUCGUGCAUACUAUGUCAAGUCUUCUUAAAACAUUUUUGGAGCCCUUAAACCUAAUGUGGAUGGUGAAUUGGGUGAUUCCACGAACCAUUCACAUUCAUGUGGGUGAGAGGGGAAACCUAGAACUUAAUGUGUUUCUUUUGACUAUUCUUUUCCUACCAUAUCUUAAUUGAUAGUUCGUGCAUACUAUGUCAAGUCUUCUUAAAACAUUUUUUGAGCCCUUAAACCUAAUGUGGAUGGUGAAUUGGGUGAUUCCACGAACCAUUCACAUUCAUGUGGGUGAGAGGGGAAACCUAGAACUUAAUGUGUUUCUUUUGACUAUUUUUUUUUUUCUACCAUAGAUGAGCCAUAGAGGCUCUAAGUUCCUUCUUAAUUGAUAGUUCGUGCAUAUUACGUCAAGUCUUCUUAAAAUAUUUUUGGAGCCCUUAAACCUAAUGUGGAUGGUGAAUUGGGUGAUUCCACGAACCAUUCAUGUGGGUGAGAGGGGAAACCUAGAACUUAAUGUGUUUCUUAAAAAAAAUUGGCCAUUUUUUCCUUUUCAACUGUUGUCUACUAUAGUUGAACAAUUGAGGUUUUGGAUUUUUCCUUAAAUCGUUAGAAUUAUGUGAUUCCACAAGCCUUUCCUUGUGGAAGGGGAAAUAUAAUGUAUUUACAUGUGUCUUCUCUAUGGUUAUUUACAAUAUAAAACUAGUUCUUCUUAUUUUUAGCUCUUAUUUUAAGUUUGUAUUUUUUCCAAAAUUGUUUUCAACUCAAUAUAUUUUACCUUCAUAAAAUGGCAUUGUGGCAAUUUUCAAAACAUGAUUUCUUUUUUCAAUCUGAUAUGCUGACUAACUAUGCAUUCAAGUUCUGUUGACCUAUUUUUUGAUCAAUGAUGAAGUUUCUUGCUGGUGCCAAUGCCGUUCUUGUUAUGUGCAAUUCUUUAGUUGAUUUCACUUCCUGUCACUAUAUUUUAUCAAGCUUACUUCUGUUUGUUUAGAAACAUACCAAUCUUUUUAGUUGGAAGGAACUUUACUACCGUCUUUUCAAAAGUAUGUUGUUAUUUACUUGUUUGUUUUUAAUAUUAGAUGCUAUUUUUAUUUUUAUUUUUUUUGGUGUGUGUGUGUAUGAGGUUGGUGGACAUAAAGUGGGGGAGGUUGAAACAAAGCUCCGGGACUAAGGUGCAUCUAAAGAUUGUAUGAUUCUCUCAGUCUCGUAGAUUUGAAGAGCAGCAUGCACAGGCAAAGGCAGAGGCAAAGUUGGUCCUGUUAAUUAUAUACAUACAUCUAUAACAGAGAGUGGAAGAUACGGUUGUUUCAAGUUGUCUGGUCUGUAAAUCCCUAUCAUUUUAUUCGGCCAGUAUCGAAACCGUCUUCGCACUGCACAUGUUGUUGCCUUUUCAUCCAAGGUGGCAGCAUGAAUGACAAUGUUAAUGCUUGGGCCUUCAUAUAAAGAAUACUGAUGUUAGUCGGGGAUUUCCAAGGGCUGGAGUUGCUACUACCUGGCUUCACACAGAUGGUUAAAUACAAGAAUGGUAUAUCCAUCUUCCAUAAAGACCUCACCUCAGAUUCACGCACUGUCGCCCGCAUAGAAUUCCCCCAGAAGAAUCACGAAAAAGACGACGAUCCAAACAGUGGAGAUUUAAAGCGUCACAGGAGUCACGUUAAAGAGUGGAAAAGGCGCAUUAAUUGAAGAAAAAAAAGUUGAGGAGGAGGAGGAGUGGGCCGGAAAAUGAAGAACAAUAUCAGCAGCAUAAGCAGCAACAGCAGCAGCUGCAGCAGCAGCAGCAUCAGCGACAGUAAGAAGAGUCAUGAGGUGAUGGACGGUUCGGAUAUAAAGGAGUUGGUUGAGAACCAAAAAGUAUUCAGCAAAUUCGCGAGCCGUAAGUUCGAGGAACUCGACACCGACUGCGACGGCAAGCUAUCGGUCAAAGAGCUGCAACCUGCUGUGGCGGAUAUCGGCGCCGCUCUCGGCCUUCCAGCUCAGGGAACGUCCCCUGAAUCCGAUCGUAUUUAUGCUGAGGUUCUUCAUGAGUUUACGAACGGCAAACAAGGAGAAAUAAGCAAGAGUACAUUCAAAGAGGUUCUAUCAGAUUUUCUUCUGGGGAUGGCGGCUGGUUUGAAGCGUGAUCCUGUUGUGAUUCUUCGGAUUGACGGAGAAGACCUCCACGAGUUUCUUAAGUGCCCAACUUUUGAACCUGAGAUGCUUUCUAUAUUUUCAGAGAUUGAGAUGCCAGACCGAUCCCUUAAAGAUCACAUCAUCAAGGCUUUUGAGAAACUCACAGUCGACAGAGGAAUGCCUCCUGCUGCAGAUCCUUGGGUAAUGGAUAACAUAGUGAAACCGUCGUUAGAAUCGCUCGACCCUGCCCUAGAGCAGCCGGUCUCGCAGGAAACAUUUUUAUCGGAGUUUAAACAAGCUGCAGAGAGAAUUGUGCAACACCUCAAGGAACAGCCGGCCAUCGUUGCCCACAGCCAGAAUACAUUCGAUGGGAGCGGCGUUAGGAGACUAUUGUCGAACAAAUUCGAGCUGGAUAAGACACUGGAAUCUGUCGUUGAGAGUGUUCCCAAAGAUCGAAAUGGGAAGUUGUCGAAAGAGUAUUUGGUCACGGCUCUCGAUUCUUUGGCUGCCUCGGCCGGCUUGCCACCUCUAGGAGCAGUUGAUCAGAUGGAUACGAUCAUGAAUGAAGCUCUGAAAAUGGCGGAGUCGGGCAAUGGUAAAACGGUGAAAGAAGACGAGUUCAAGAAGCUCCUGACGGAAGUUCUCGGAAGCAUAAUGCUGCAGCUGGAAGGCAGCCCGGUGUCAGUGUCGAUAAACUCUGUUGUGCACGAGCCGCUAGCGUCGUCGUCGACGCUGCUGCAGCCAUCGUCGCCAUAGCUGGCUUGGGUUGUAUUGUAUUGUAUUGUAAUUACAGAAGAGCAAGAAGAUGAUGAUGGUGGUUCAAAAACAACAAACAGAGAAAUAACAAAGGCAUCGUGUAUGUAUAUGUAUGUAUUUGUGUGUUUAUUUUUAUGGGUGUUGGGAUUUAUGGUUGGUGGUGUUAAGAAUUACAUUAGAAUUGGAUAUGAAUCUCAUCUUUUAGCUUCUAACUUUUCGAACAACUGAUGUAAUGUACUAAUGUUUUUAGUGUUAUGGAUGGAUGCCAAAUUGCCAAUGAUGGUUGCAUUUUGUUGAUACAUACAUAC